AUGGCUGGAAACUACAGGUUCGCAAUGGACCAAAAGGACAUUGCGAGACAAGUGAACACCACAGUCGACAGCUUCAUCCGAGAUCGGCUGAUCAACAAAGAAGAGAGGACUCAACACAAAGAACAGUGCGCCGAGAGAUUGGCGGCUGAGGACGGAAGCUCCGGCGAAGACCGAGGCGAGGUUCGGUACUCCGAUCAGGCGGUGUUGGCGAACCUGGACUGGGGAAUCGAGGCCUUAGAGGAAGCCAUUGAGACCUACAACAUGGAGACCAAGCUCGCCCGCUUGGACUACGCAGAGAAGAUACCCUGCAUGUUACAAGUCUGCGCCAUGUUGAACUCCGACCAGAAAACCGCCGGUGUCCCUAACUUCUACCUCUCCGCCUGGGCCCACCUCAAUCUAGCUUACUUGUGGAAACUGCGAAACAAUGUCCAUAACUCGGUUAUUCAUGUUCUGGAGAUGUUCAUCGUUGACCCUUUCUUCUCGAGGAUUGACUUCGCUCCUGAGCUCUGGAAGGACCUUUUUCUUCAGCACAUGGGAUCGAUUGCCGGGUGGUACUCGGAGGAGAGGCACAGGCUUGUCAUGGAAGUUAUUCCUGAUUCUUCCGACCUAUCUUUCACGAUUGAUUUGGACCAGUUCUUCAAUGAAUCUUUGAUAUUCAGACCGGAUCAGGUGGAGAAACUGCAGAAGCUGGAGCAGCUUUUUGGGGAGUCGUUGGAUGAGAGUACAAGGCUUUAUGCUAAAUACUUCAAGGAUUGCUUGAACUCCGAUUCGACGAACACCGGCAGGAAAGUGAUUCCGAUGUUGCCGAUCGCCGAGCCGCCAAUGACUCCUUUGCAUGAGGUGAGCCGAUCGAUUCCCGAUUUUGUGAAAUUCGGUCCUGUCUUGCCCAAGAGUGCAGGGUUUGCACCGUUUCUCAAGGCUAAGGAUAGUAUCAGAGAAACUAGCAGGGGUCCUAGCAUAAUGAGUGGAACAUCCAUUACCCCACAGAAUAGGGAAUCAAGGUGGGAUCCACAGGAAGGCUUGCUUGAGGAGAAUGAAGAUGAGUCUGACUAUGAUCAAGAUGAUGCAUCUAUGGAUUCAAAUGAUAAAGCUCAAAGGUUACAUUCUCCUGGCAGUAGCAAGACAAUAAACGACAAGGAAACUGAGGAAAAUGUACAAACAUCUAAGAUGAAGGCUCUAAUACAUUCUCCAACAGUCUUCUCUCCUUUUUGUUCCCCUAAACCUUUUCCGCCAAACAUGUCAUCUCCAAAACCAGAAGUGCAGUGUAGAAAUAAUGAACCCGUUACUCUGCUGCGCCUUAAGUCCGUCCGCUUGACAGAUUCUGCUUCCGCCACAUCUUUGCCUGUGUCGCCACCCAUGAGUAACGAUUACAGCACUAGCUCAGUAGACUCUGAUGGCGAGGCAAUAGAGGUUUUGCAGAGUUGCAGCCGAAACUCUAGUCAAAAGCAUAGUUUUGAAAGUGUUAAUAACCGAACAUGUAAAAAUAGUUCUAUUAAUGAGGAUUAUGAAGGAAGCCAGAGCUGCAUUUCAUUCCCAUUAUCUGAGAAGCCGACUUCUAAAUCGAGACCGCUGAAGGAUUUUGUUUGCCCUAUCACAGGUCAGAUCUUCUGUGACCCAGUUACCCUUGAAACGGGUCAAACAUACGAGAGGAAAGCUAUUCAGGAAUGGCUGAAAAGAGGAAACAUAACAUGUCCCAUUACACGACAACCCCUGUCUUCAAAUAAACUGCCCAAAACAAACUAUGUUUUGAAGAGACUCAUAAUAUCUUGGAAAGAGCAACUUCCUGAUCUCCCUGUUGAAUCUCAAUGCUCCGAAACACCUAGGGAUAAUCAAUACUGUCACUUCACAAGAGAUACUUCCGUGGCCUCCACUCCAUGUAGAACAUUUGAUUUCUCCUCUCAUAGGAGCAGUGAUGAAUAUACCAACAACCAUAGAAACAAAAGACUUACACAAGCAGCCUUAUCUACAUCCCCAACAAGUGUGAUAUCUCAAGCUGAAGUUGAAAAAAUCAUCAACGGUCUAAAACCUCACAUUUCAUGUCUUUGCACUUCAGAGAACUUACAAGAGUGUGAAACAGCUGUGUUGGCAAUAUCCAGACCAUGGAAAGACUCAAAGGGUGAUCCUGGUGUUCGUUCUUGUUUAUCUGAGCCUACCAUUGUAAAUGGCUUUGUAGAAAUACUGUCCGCUUCUCUGAAUAUAAACGUUCUGAGGACCUCAAUAUACAUUCUCUCUGAGUUGAUAUCUGCAGAUGAAAAUGUUGGGGAAAUUCUCACUAGUGUAGAUUCUGAUCUUGAUUGCCUGGCUGCUUUGCUGAAGAAUGGCUUAGCUGAGGCUGCGAUUCUUAUAUACCAGCUUAGACCGGCUUUGUCUCAGUUUUCAGCUCAUGAUCUUGUACCUUUCCUUGUCCAGUUAAUGCAAAACAAACAUGAGGAGUUGGAUGAUCUUCAAUUUGUUAUGGAGCCUAAAGAUGCUGCUAUAGCAAUGCUUGAACAGAUUUUGGUUGGAGGAGAUGAAAAUAGCAGAUGCAUCAAUGCCUUGAGUGUCAUUUCUGCAAAUGGAAUUCCUGCAUUGGCCAAAGUUUUGAAUAGGGUAGAAGGAAGAACUUCUGUUGUUUCCAUACUUUUGUGCUGCAUGCAAGCUGAAAAAGGUUGCCGGAAUUUAAUAGCAAACAGAAUUGAACUGUCUCCUGUUCUGGAAUUAUUUCAUGGCGGGAACGAUUCUGUGAGAGGCAUAUGUAUAGGAUUUCUUUCGGAGCUUGUUCGGUUGAGUAGGAGAACAUUCUCGAAUCAGAUAUUGCAGACAAUUAAAGACGAAGGAGCAUUUAGCUCCAUGCAUAUGCUCCUUGUGUACCUUCAAAUGGCGCCUAUGGAACAACAACCUGCCAUUGCUAGUCUUCUUCUUCAGCUUGAUCUCCUGGUUGAGCCACGGAAGAUGAGCCUUUAUAGGGAAGAAGCUAUAGAAGCGCUAACUGAAGCACUUCGGAGGAAGCACUUCUCUAAUUCUCAGAUACUGGCAAUCGAUGCCUUGUCAUCUCUUAUUGGUCGUAUUACCUCCUCCGGGGAUUCAUAUACUGAGGCCUGGUUACUCAAAACUGCCGGGUUUGAUCAACCUUACAAUGCUUUAAUGAAGGCAGAGCAGCUGAAAAAACACGACAGUGAUUUGAUGGAAACAAUAGAAGAAGAAGAGAAAGCUAUAAGCACUUGGGAGAAGAGGGUUGCUUUAGUACUUUGCAACCACGAAAGAGGAUCUAUUUUUAAAGCUUUAGAGGAAUGUCUAAGGAGUAGUUCAUUAGAAAUGGCAAAAGCAUGUCUUGUCGUUGCCACAUGGCUCACAUACAUGCUUUCUAUAAUCCCUGAUACUGGUGUUAAAAGUGCUGCCAGGAAGUCAUUGCUUGAUGAAUUCAUAAAUGUUCUCCAAUCAUCUAAGAAUCAGGAGGAGAAGAUUUUGGCAACUUUGGCUUUGAAAACUUUCAUUAGUGACCGAGAUGCAGCUAAAGCAAUGGGAGCGUAUGCUAAAUGCAUCUACAGAACAUUGAGAAAGCUCAAGAAGAAUUCAGUGGUGGUUGCUGACAUAAUGAAAACAUUGAUGAACCUUCCAUCUGUGGAUGCAACAGAGUUGUGGAGUUGUACUGAACUAGUUGAAUCAGACUCAUCUACGAAUGGAGAGGUUCUGUCUUUGAUUCAUUUAAGAGGUCGGAUCUUAAGCAGCCAUUCCGACGGAACCAUAAAGGUUUGGGAUUCUGGGAAGCGGGUGCCAAGGUUGAUUCAAGAGGUUCGUGAGCACUCAAAGGCUGUCACAUGUCUCUAUGCUUCAUCUUCAGGCGACAAACUAUACAGUGGUUCCUCAGACAAAACAAUUCGGGUAUGGGCAGUCAAAGCAGAUGAAAUCCACUGUGUUCAAGUCCAUGACGUGAAAGAAGCAGUAUUUGACUUGGCAGCCAAUACCAAAGUUGCCUGCUUUAUAUCUCAAGGAACAGGAAUUAAGGUUUAUUAUUGGUCUGGAUCUCCAAAACAUAUCAACUUCAACAAGUACGUGAAGUGCCUGGCGAUGACAGGGAAUAAACUAUAUUGUGGUUGCUCCGGUUACAGCAUCCAGGAGGUGGAUUUAUGCUCAUAUACAUCUCAUACCUUCUAUUCUGGUACAAGAAAAUUGUUGGGGAAACAAACCAUAUAUUCCCUUCAAAUUCAUGAUGGCGUUCUCUUUGCAACUGGUUCUUCAGUUGAUGGAACCGCAGGAAAGAUAUUCUUGCUCUCAACAAAGGCAAUAAUAGGAUCAUUCCCAACUGGGUUUGACAUCCAACGGGUGGCCAUCAACAAUGACUUGAUAUUUACUGCCACAAAAUGUGGAAGCAUUGAGGUUUGGUUAAGAGAGAGAUUCACAAGAGUGGCUUCCAUCAAAAUGAGUUGUGGAGGACAUACAAAGAUUACUUCUUUGACGUCAGAUAUGGAUGGAGGAAUGCUGUAUGCUGGCUACUCUGAUGGCAAAAUUCAGGUUUGGGAUUUAGACUAGGCGUGUCUUCCCAAAACGUUUGUCGAGAUUCAUGCUUCUUUUGUAAAUUAUGCACCAGUGAUUUCUUUUUUUCUUUUUUUUUUAUGCGCAGUUGAAGAUGAAAUGUAGAUUUUUUUU